UUUUCAAAGUCGAAUUGUCAAUUUCUAAAUAUUUUUUAUAAUUUUUCAAUUAAUAUUUCUUAUUAAUUAACAAUGUCGGAUAAAAAGGAAAUGGAAAAAAAGGACGUCGAUCCUGAAUUGGACGAUUUACUGGACAGUGCUCUCCAAGACAUGACAAAGAAGCCAGAAGAUUCGGCCCCGGGGUCGGAGGCCGUGCCACAGAACAUGUGGAGCGAGGAGUUCAUCAAGGAAGCAGCAGCCCAGUUUGAGAGCAACAUGGCCGCUAUCUUGGGAAGCUUUAGCGGAGUCCCUGAGGACCAGAUAUCACAGGACCAAAUUGCACAGACAUUUAGCAAAAUGGCCGAGGCGGCCGCGCAGGUGUUGAAGGCGCCCGGGGACUCGGCCUCCGAGCCGACGGAACCCACCAGCGACCCCGCCGUCAAGGAGAAAAUCGAUGAGGUAUCAGCGGCUAUCUCGCAGACCCUGCAGAAUCUCAGCAGCAACGCGGAGAACCUUCAGACGCCUUUCUCAGACCAGGACCUGGCCAACAUGUUCAACAGCUUCAGCCUGGGGGAAGGUGGACAGCAGGACGGCAAUAUGUUCGUCCCUUUCAUGCAGGGGAUGAUGCAGUCUCUUCUAUCGAAAGAGGUGUUGUACCCCUCGCUCAAGGAGUUAGUGGACAAGUACCCCGCCUGGCUGGCUGAGAAUAAGGGCAAAAUCGAUGCCGCAGAGUAUGACAGGUUCUCAAAACAACAGGAGCUGAUGCUGAAAGUGUGCGCGGAAUUGGAGCCCGAACAGGAGUCAGACCCUGAGGAUGUCAGGAGGAAACGAUUCGAGACUGUACUGGACCUCAUGCAGAAGAUGCAAGACCUAGGCCAGCCGCCUACGGAGCUGGUGGGCGACAUAGCCGUGCCUCCGCAGGGCUUCGCCCCGCCGACGGGGCAGGACCCCAGCCAGUGCAGCCUCAUGUAACGGGAGGAGGGCCGCGCCGGACACCGCGAGUGUAUGGACGUAUCUUAAACGGCGAUCGUACGGUCAUUGUGUCAGUUUGGAAGUUACAAGUGUAAGAACCUUGUCGCAUUCAUGGUAUAAGUAGACCAGGUACCUAUGCUCAAUUCUAUGACAAGUCGCCAUUACUAGCCCUUUGAUGACGUAAGUGUCACCACUGUGUUACCAUUAAAUUGUUAUCUCCAACAUUCCAAGGACGUAAAUUUUAUUAAUGAAAAUUAAGUGAAUCAUUGACUAGUGUAUUUAAUUACUAUUACUUGUCACAUAUUAUAAAAUCAUUAAAAAGUUCAUUAAAUUAAAAACAUUGGACGUGGGUAAUUUAUUUUUUACGAAAUGGCAACACAGGGUGGGAUGACGUCAGCUGGGCUAACCUUGAAAUGUUAGCUGUCACUUUUGAGCUUACGUAGUUUUCUUAUACCAUGGUCGCAUUAACGACAUUUGACGUUCAGUGAGAAUUUGUUGCAAUAUGUCCAAAUGUCCAAUGUGACAGGGUUCUAAACUUACAAGUGCCUAUGCUGCUAAUUUUUAAUGGCCCUCGGUAUAGGCUAAAUUCCAACUAGUCAAAUCAGUUACUUUUUACUAAACUAAACGUCAAAACACGGAAUUACUAAGGAGUUUGUAUGAAAAGCACACUGUCUCUUCUUCUUUGCGAAUCGAUGGCGAUCGAAACUAAUUUUUUGCUGACCAAUACUUGGCCACGCUUACGGCAUUGUCAGUGGCUUCGUACAGGUCUUUAAUAGUGCAGGUGUUAGGGCACUUAGGACAGCACAAAAGGUGAGCCAUAGUUUGUGGUGAUACUCCACACUCGCAAUCAUCGCAACCAUCAACCAGGUAUCCCCACCUGCAGAGAUUAUCCUUGCAGCGGCCAACCUGUGUCCGGAGCCUAUUUAAAGACUUCCAUGUGGGCCACGCUAGAUUACUUCCAGGCGGGAGACCCUCACGCACACUGUGACGUCAUAGAAAAACGUGACAAAAUGUCGCACUACUUCUUUUUUUCACAAUGAUCGUACCAUAAUGAUUUGCCGAGAAAUCGGGGACUCUCCAAGCCACGUUCCUUAACAAAAAUAUAGAUUGCACUUUACCACAUUGCCUUCAUUUAACCAUCAAAUUUCAUGGAUAACAGACAUAAAAAAGCAACUUUUAUCUUUGUUUUUGGGUAUAAAUGAUGACUCUUGUUAUUACACCUAGACACAACACAUCUUCCACCCAUUAUUAUUCUGAUCAAAAUAAAAAGAAGCAAUAUACUGUAGACAACAGGUCGACAUGGCAGUUCUCUAGUGACGUGACGUUUUCAAUAUCGAUAUAUUUUUAUUAUGUAUGUAACAAAAUGUGAAUAAAAUAAUACCACGUUUUCAUUUAAGUUAAUAUUUAUUCAUCUGAAUCAUCUAACGUAUCGCUACAAAAACUUAAAGAAUCUUCGUCACCGGUAUCUCCGACUUUUAUAAUAAAAUAUUCCAUUUCAUUUUCCAUUGAAUUAUUGUUUUUUUUGCUUGAACACGCGACGAAGAUGCAACCGUAGCCAUUUUUAAAACACAAUAGUAAUAAAUUAUGUGAGCGAGAUUAUAAUCGAUAAACGCGGUCGAUACGGACUCGUGCGACACUAAGACUAAGACGCCGCGGGGACUGUGCGGGUGUGCGGGGCGACCCCGCCUCCGCGGCUCACCUCAUGCCCCGAUUGCCAUGUCGACCUGUCGUCAACUUUAGGUAGCAACUUAAUACGUAUUUCAACGUAUAUAAAAUACCCGAGCAGUGAGAAAAUUGGUAAUUAUUACGUACCGCCAUCUAUUUUUUUAAGGAAAUGUGGCCUGAAAUGUCCCUCACGCACCAUAGACUGUGAUGUCUGUUCACCCUGUGUGUUAAUUAGCGUGAUGUUUUCACAUUUCGAUCACUAUGACACUACCUUUCGAUGCAGAGAUUUUAGAUUUGUUUUAUGGUACAUUGAUAUAAUCACGCUAUAGUAAUCCGUAUUGGGUGGGUAAAGCUAAAGCCUACUAGGCAACAUGUCCGGCAACGUUGCAUAACAGCGCGCAACGUUGCACAACAGCGCGCAACGUUGCACAACAGCGCGCAACUUUGCCAGCUAAAGCGCAACAGCGCGGCACGCUCUCACAGGAGCGAAUAGCUUGCAACGGGAAAGUGUAUCAGAGUCGUUAUUUUUUCCAUUUAAUAAUAAAAAAUAAUGAACGAGAAACGAAUUUAUACAUACUGAAAUAAAAUUAUUACAUGCCUUGAGGGGACGGCCCGAUAAGUUGGGUUUUUUUUUUUAAAUUAUCAAUCGGUAUAAUCUAUAAUUCUUUUUGCAUCGAAUUAGAACGGUAUUAAUUGUGCUAUUAUGGUUAUAUGGGAUUGAAAUGUGGGUUAUGCUUGAUUGAAUUGAAUGUAAAAAAUGUUUUAUAUACAUAUUUAUACUAUAUUAUAUGAUAACUAGUACGUAACGCGUGACUAAUGGGGUAGCCAGGGCCAUGCCAUCACCAAAAUUACAACCUGGGGGGUUAAAAUGGCCACAUCGAAGCAAUUCAUCUAAGAAAGCAAUAUUGCAAUUUGACAUUUGCGCAUAUAAAAGUAAGUGCGCAACGCAAACAAAUGUCAAAUAGCAAUAUUGCUUUCUUAGAUGAAUUGCUUCGAUGUGGCCAUUUUAACCCCCCUGUUUUCGUAACAUUUUUUUUAAUGUAGUGCAAGAAAUAUCCGUAGAGACCGCGCCGCGAAAAUACCGCGGAUUUUAAUGGAACUAAUUGACAGGACUUACAUAAGUAUUCGAAGAUGGACUACCGACCUUUCCUCCACUCGACUCGGCCUCAGCUGAGAAUUUUGGUAUUCUAAGGGUGGUAUUAAUAAACGAAUCUCAGCUGAGACUGCCCUCAAGGUCAUGCUCAAGUCCCUGUUUUUAUAUGAGAACUGUCACAUUGACAUGAUCUUGAGGGCAGUCUCGAAGCUGAGAUUAGUUUAUUAAUACCGCCCUAAGUUGACAUUUACGUACUUGAGGACUUUACUCACUGGAGUCGAGCAUGUCAUACUGCCAACAUGAUAAUACGAAAUUAAUGACGUCAUGCCUUACUGGAGUAAACUCUGAGAUGGGUGAAUAUCAAAAUGUGCCAAGUUUGGUGGCGAACUUUCAUAUUAUUUUUUCGUGAAAAAUUGUUUUCCGACAUGAAAAAGGAUCCAAAAGGAUCCGAAAGGAUGUCGGAAUCCGACAUUUUGAUAUUCACCCAGAUAAGGAAUAUUUUGAGCAGAGUUCGAGGAGAAAAAAAAAAUAUAAAUAAGAUCUUGAGAUCGCCUCAACUGAGAACGGAAUCAAGAAAGGUUUCUUGGAGUAUAAAAACAGUUUGAUAGCUUGAAAAAUUACAGCUAAAAAAAAACUUUGACAGCUGUCAAAAUGGUGUCGUCCUUCACUUACGACAUGUGCAAGAAAAAGAUGGCUAGUUUUAGAACGGUCGCACUGAUAUAAAAGUAAGUUGUAGGCCGAUAAAGAUGGUAAUGAGAAUAAAAGAAAUGACAAAAUUUUACUUGAACGAUAAUGAAUGUACAUAAUAACGGGUUCUUACCG